ACAGAUUCCUAACUGCAUCAAAGAUCCUCCCAUGAUUCUUCUCCCUUUUCCUCCCAAAUCGCCUCUUUUCCAGUAAUCUUUGGAUUCAACUCCGCCUUUGGCGCCGAGCAAAUAACGUCAACGCUAACCUUCCCUUUUAUCUCCCCCAUUAUUAAUCAAUUAGUUCACCCUCCCACAAUCUCUGACCUAGCCGAUUCGCCUAUCUCAUCUUGCUUGCGCCCCUUCCUUCUCUUAUCUCUCUGCUUUCACACUGUUAGUCGGCCUACAAGAGUGAGAAGAGACUCAUCCGCCAUUUCACUCCCAUAAAGUCUGCAGCUUUGACAAGGGCUUUGCCUAUUCCGGAACUUGGGUUCUGAUUGAAGCUCAAAACAUGGUGCAAGAGGAGAUAGAGGUCAGUGUUACCAAUGGAGGGGGAGACGAAGGAGAGCCAGCCAGGCUCGAGGGGAGGUUCAAAGCUUUGUUGGUUUGUUGGGUCCUUGGAUUCGGGUCACUGGUUUCCUGGAACAGUAUGCUUACAAUUGGGGAUUACUACUUCAAUUUGUUCCCGAAAUACCACCCUUCAAGGGUUCUCACACUCGUUUACCAACCCUUCGCCUUGGGAACCAUGGCGAUCCUGGCCUACAACGAGUCGAGGAUCAACACCAGGACAAGGAAUAUAGCUGGAUAUCUACUCUUCUUCGUCAGCACUCUCAUGCUACUUGUUCUGGAUUUCGCGACAUCUGGGAAGGGAGGAGUUGGGCCGUUCGUUGGCAUUUGCUUGAUUGUUGGAUUAUUUGGGGUUGCAGAUGCUCACGUUCAAGGUGGAAUGGUGGGAGAUUUGUCAUUCAUGUGCCCUGAAUUCAUGCAGUCCUUCUUUGCUGGUUUGGCUGCAUCAGGAGCCAUGACUUCAGGCUUAAGGUUGAUCACCAAAGCAGCAUUUGAGAAUGCCGACAAUGGACUUCGCAAGGGAGUUCAGUUGUUUCUUGCUAUAGCCACAUUCGCGGAGUUUCUCUGCUUCCUGCUCUAUGCGUUCUACGUGCCAAAGCUGCCAAUAGUGAAGUACUACCGCGCCAAGGCAGCUAAAGAAGGAUCGAAGACCGUUUCAGCCGACCUUAAAGCUGCUGGCAUUCAUACUCCUUCAGAACAGGGGGAGGACAGCAAACCGAUGGAGCGACUGAGCAACAUACAGUUGCUACGCCAGAACAUAGACUAUGCUUUGGACUUGUUCUUCAUCUAUGUCCUGACUUUGUCAAUCUUCCCGGGGUUCAUCUCUGAGGACACAGGCACCCACCAAUUGGGUUCAUGGUACAUACUUGUGUUGAUUGCAAUGUACAAUGCUUUGGAUUUGGUGGGGAGAUACGUACCACUGAUCAAGUGCAUCAAGCUGACCUCCCGAAAGUGGCUUAUGAUCGCAAUCCUGUCUCGGUUCCUGCUCAUUCCUGCAUUCUACUUCACUGCCAAGUAUGGUGAUCAAGGGUGGAUGAUCUUCCUCACUUCGUUUCUAGGGCUCACCAAUGGCUACUUGACCGUUUGUGUCAUGACUGUAGCUCCAAAGGGCUACAAGGGUCCGGAGCAGAAUGCAUUGGGGAAUUUGCUCGUGUUGUUCUUGCUGGCUGGCAUUUUCGCUGGAGUGACCCUCGAUUGGAUGUGGCUAAUUGGGAAGAAGAACGCCUUCUGAAGAAUCCCAGCCGUUUUAUCUUAGCCCUGACUCUCAUCUGAGUUUUGAUUUCACUGCAUAGCCUUGGGUGUAAAUGUUUACCAUUGGUCGAUUCAUUCUGUAGAGAUAGAAAGAGACUGCUCAGUUCAAUCACUAUCCAAAGAUUAGCAGAAAGUUGCAGCCUAUUACACAUAUGUAUGAUCUGUGCAAUAAGAAUCAACAUAUCAC